AUGGCGGUCAGGUCUGCCUCAUCUUCCGUAGGCGUCCCGACGCCCGAGCCGCCUCCUCCACGGGAGGCGGCAUCUUGUGAAGAUGACGACGAUCACCAGGUCUUCCGGCUGGAUUGUGUGUUGGGGCGGAUCCUUCACAGCCGAGCCGCUCGGAAGGUUCAAACAGUGGGCAGGCGCUGGAGUCCAGUCGUCGAGGCUGCUGCUCUUUUGACAAUCUUCGUCCUCUGUUUCUGUAUCCGCCAGUUCGCGGUCAUUCGUUACGAGUCUGUCAUUCACGAAUUCGAUCCAUACUUCAAUUACCGUACAACGACAUACCUGGCUAACGAGAGCUUCUACGAGUUUUGGAACUGGUUUGACCAUGAAACCUGGUAUCCUUUGGGCCGCGUGGUCGGGCAGACGCUGUUUCCGGGGCUGAUGUCAACGUCGAAACUGGUGUAUGAUUUGGCGCAUGCGGUCGGGUUUCCGGUGGAUAUUCCGGGUGUCUGCGUCCUCCUGGCACCCGUGUUUUCCGGUCUCACAGCCGUGGCUACAUAUUUCCUCGCCAAGCAGGCGAGUGGGUCCGCAGGGGCUGGCCUCUUUGCUGCCCUUUUCGUCGGCAUUUCCCCCUCGUACAUGUCCAGAUCUGUCGCAGGGUCGUAUGACAACGAAGCGGUGGCGAUCUUUGCAAUGGUGAAUGCUUUUUGCAUGUGGAUACGAGCUCUGAAGAAGGGCACGAUGCUCUCCGCUCUCUUGGCGGCAGUCGCAACAGUGUAUAUGGCGGUCACGUGGGGCGGAUACAUCUUUGUGAUAAAUACAGUCGCAGUGCACAUGGUGGCGCUUGCGCUUCUCGGGCGCAUCACAGCCCGGCAUUUUGUCGCGUACAGUGUGUUCUACGUCCUUAUGACAAUCAUGUGUCUAAACGUCCCCUUCGUCAACUUCGCGGCCGUCUCCAGCUCGGAGCACAUGGCGUGUCAUGGCGUCUUCAUCAUGGUCAACGUUCUGGCGGCUUCUUCGUUCCUCAAGGAGGUGCUUCCCGCCGCCGUCAUCAAACAGCUCCUCAAACUGCUGGUCCUGGGCGUAGUCGGAGUCUUCCUCAGUCUCUUCAUCUGGCUCACAGCGACGGGCCGCACAUCUUGGUCAGCACGGUCGCUCACCCUCCUGGAUCCCACAUACGCCGCCAAGUACUUGCCAAUCAUUGCGUCCGUCUCAGAGCACCAGCCCGCCACCUGGGCUACCUAUAUUUUCGACCUCCACCUUACGACUCUCCUCGCCCCUCUGGGCCUCAUCGUCUGCUUGCGGAAGCCAACAGAUGGAUCGCUCUUUGCUGGAAUCUACGGCGUCCUCGCCGCCUACUUUUCAGGCAUCAUGGUUCGGCUGAUGCUUGUUCUUUCGCCCGCGGCAGCUGUUCUCGCGGGGAUCGGGGCCUCUCGUUUCGUCAGCAGCCUUGUGUCGUACCUGAGGCUUCCAACAGCCUCAAGAAAGUUCAGCAUUCCCGCCUUCAGAAAUGUCGGAAGGAAGAGGUCCGAGCGCAACACUGUUCCUAUUUCGUUCGCGGCUUUCGUCCUUCUGAUUUUCGCCUGGAUCACCACAAUGUACAUAAACCACUGCACGUGGACCGGGUCAAUGAUCUACUCCCACCCUAGUAUCGUACUCAGCGCAAAUCUUCGCGACGGAGGGCGUCUCAUCCAGGAUGAUUUCAGAGAAGCAUACUACUGGAUUCGUCAAAAUACCCAUCCUCGAGCGAGAAUAAUGGCGUGGUGGGAUUACGGUUACCAGGCGACAGCCAUGGGCAACCGAACGGUCUUUGUGGACAAUAACACGUGGAAUAACACGCACAUUGCCACAGUCGGGCUAGCUCUAGCUUCAAACGAAGAAAAAGCUUACAAAAUAAUGCAGGCGCUGGACGUGGAUUAUGUUUUCGUUGUUUUCGGAGGUGUGGCGCGAUACCAGAGCGAUGACAUCAAUAAAUUCUUAUGGAUAAUCCGCAUUGCCUCUGGCGUGUACCCUGCUAUUCAGCAGUCAGAUUUCCUAAGUAGACGAGGAAUGUACACUGUUGGGAAAGACGCGCCGAAGGCACUGGUUGACAGCCUGAUGUAUAAAUUGUCGUAUCAUCGGUUCGCGAACGUUACCAACGGAUUCGAUUUCGCGCGCAAUGUGGAGAUUGGUCACAAGGACAUUUCGCUGCAUUACUUCGAGGAAGCGUACACAACAGAGAAUUGGCUUGUCCGUAUAUACAAGGUGAAGCGGCCGGAAACUCGUUAUGGUUUCACCCGCGGCAGCCGCUGA